CUCCCUGUCGCCUCCCUCAUCACUCACCUCACCACACAAAAGUUAAAGCAACGUCACCUCACCUCAGCUGCCUCGCUCGUCCCCUCUCCCUCCCGUCUCCCCUACCUCCUCCCUCCAUUCUCCUCCACGCGCAGACAGGCCAAAAUUCUAGGGAACCUACUACAACUACAAGCGCACCCUAGCUAGCUUAGAUCGAUACAGGCUGCUGUUGCUGCCGAGCCAAGAGCCCAAGACGCGGAAGCCGCGAGAGAACGCGCAAAAAUUCGCACGCACCACCACCGCGCGGCGUGACCAUGCGGAUGCCUACUCGGUGAUUGAGGGCUGAGACGGGAUCAGCCGAGUAGCCGGACACGGGCGAUCCGGUGAGCGACCUGUCCCUGCCCUCAGGGGUCUAUGGAUCUGGGCGCAUGGCGGGCUUCCCUCUAGGCGGAGGAAGCAGCCACAGCCGCGGCGACCACCCUCCCGUCAACCCCUCCUCCGGCUCCGACUCUAACGCCGCAGCGGCGGCGGCUGCCUACCUCUACACAACCGCAGCCGCUUCCCGCGGUGGGUUCCAGCUAUGGCCGCACCACCCGGUCGAGGAGCACCCCUUCUACGCGUCCAACAUCAUCCGCUUCGCCGAUGACCCCGCCGCGGGCUCGUCGCGCGGCGGGAGCGGCUCUGGCGCCGGCACCAUCAGCUGCCAGGACUGCGGCAACCAGGCCAAGAAGGACUGCGCCCACAUGCGCUGCCGCACCUGCUGCAAGAGCCGCGGCUUCGACUGUCCCACCCACGUCAAGUCGACAUGGGUCCCCGCCGCCAGGCGCCGCGAGCGACAGCACCAGGUCUCCACCGGCGCCGCCGAGCCCUCCAAGCGCCCGCGCGAUGCCGCCCAACCAUCCUCCGCUACAGGAACUACCACCUCGGGGGAGCGGCAGCAGAUGGUGGUGGGCGAGCAAUUCCCGCGGGAGGUGAGCUCGGAGGCGCUGUUCCGCUGCUUGCGUCUUGGCCCCGUCGACGAGACCGACGCUGAGGUGGCGUACCAGACCACCGUCAGCAUCGCCGGCCACGUCUUCAAGGGCAUCCUGCACGACGUCGGCCCGGACCCCUCGGUCGCGGGCGGCCUCCGCCACGCCGCCGAGGGGUCCUCCCCGAGCACGGCCGCGGCGGGCGAAGGCACCAUCGCGGCGCCGGCCGUGUCGUCAUCGGCUGUGGUGAUGGACCCGUACCCGACGCCCGGCCCGUACAACGGCGCGCCUUUCUUCCACGGCCAUCCGAGGUGAUCAAACGGCCACCUCGAUUGUCGGCUGGCUUAGCUGCCCUUUAGACAUGUCAUGUCAUAGUCUCACACACACCAUGUUUCCAUCAAUCCAUGUCUUAAUUUGCUUAAUUUACUAGAAGUAUUAUCAUCUCUAAAUUAAUUCUUACUAUCUUGCUUCCUUGAUC